UGUUUCGGUCACAUGACGUGAGCCUGCGAAGAUGGUGGAAGUUUCUCCUUCGGCGAAGUGAAACCCGGACUGAAACCCAAACAUCCCGUGGAGCCGCGGGGCUGUGGGUUCGCUUCAGCUCGGUGUCAGCUCGGCGUCUCGCCGCGUCCCUUGGGAUCAGGGCCUUCAUCCCAGCCCUAUGUCAUGGCUAGUGGAGUCACCAAGCCGGGCACUUCCAAUGGUUACCCUAUGAAGGCACAGCUGCAAAUCAUCGUGCUAUCAGCAAAACUGAAAGAGAACAAGAAAAAUUGGUUUGGUCCCAGUCCCUAUGUGGAAGUGACAGUCGAAGGCCAGUCCAAGAAAACAGAGAAAUGCAACAACACCCACAGCCCCAAAUGGAAGCAGCCGCUCACUGUGAUUGUGACUCCAUUCAGCAAACUGUCGUUUCGCGUGUGGAGCCACCAGACCCUGAAGUCGGAUGUGCUGCUGGGCAUGGCCACACUGGACAUCAGUGACACGCUCACAGCUAAUGACAUGAAAAUCUCUGAGGUGGUGCAGACCCUACAGCUGUGUGCAGACAGGGACCAGUCAGAUGUGGUGGGAGACCUGUCUGUCUGCCUGGACGGCAUGACCGUUGACCCUGAGAUGUUCGCCAUGGCCAAGGCCGACCAGCACAGUACAUCAAAUGGGGAAUCACAACCUAACGGGGAUCCUGUCACAAGGAGUCGGGACAGCUCUCCAGCCCUAGAUGGCGUGGAGCACAGGUCCUCUCCCAGUGGCCGGAGGUCGGUGAGCGCCUCAGGGUCUCCCUUAGUGUCAUCAGGGGGCUCGAAGCCUCUCCGACCACCCAGGCCCUCCAGACCUCCUCCUCCGACCCCCCGCAGACCGACUUCUUCACCAGCGUCUUCCAGCAACGGCUCUGCUGCAGCCGACGGCAGCGAUGCUCAGUCCGGUUCUGAUACACCGGUACGAACACCGGCCCCAGCGCCCUCACCGACCCCGGACUCCAGUCCAUCAGCUGGCUCAGACCGGACCUCCACCCCGGCCUACAGCGCAGGAGCAUCAGCGACCCUACAGCCAAACGUCAACCCCGUGGUCAAUCCCAGGGCCCCGGCUGUCAACUCUGUCCCGUUGCCCAAUGGGUGGGAACAGCGGGUGGAUCCGAACGGCCGGUUGUAUUUUGUCGACCACGUGGAAAAGAGAACAACAUGGGAACGCCCUGAACCGUUGCCCCCUGGCUGGGAGCGUCGCGUGGACCAGAUGGGGCGUGUCUACUUUGUUGACCACAUCACACGAACCACCACGUGGCAGCGGCCCACGAUGGAGACGGUGCGCAACUACGAGCAGUGGCAGCACCAGCGCAGCCAGCUGCAGGGCGCCAUGCAGCAGUUCAACCAGAGGUUCAUAUUUGGGCUACAAGACCAGGUGUCAGCCACUCAAAAUAAGGAGUUUGAUCCUCUCGGGCCUUUGCCACACGGAUGGGAGAAGAGAACCGACUCCAACGGCAGGGUUUAUUUUGUACAUCACCCGACACGGUCCACACAGUGGGAGGACCCCCGGACACAGGGGUUGCUCAAUGAGAAGCCACUUCCAGAGGGCUGGGAGAUGAGGUUCACAGUAGACGGUAUCCCCUACUUCGUAGACCACAACAGGAGAACCACCACUUACAUCGACCCUCGCACUGGAAAGUCCUCACUUGAAAACGGACCUCAGAUCACCUAUGUUCGAGACUUCAAAGCCAAAGUACAGUACUUCAGAUUCUGGUGCCAGCAACUGUCGAUGCCUCAACACAUCAAGAUCAACGUAACCAGAAAAACCCUGUUUGAGGAUUCCUUCCAGCAGAUAAUGAGCUUCAAUGCUCAAGAUCUGCGGAGGAGACUGUGGAUCAUCUUCCCUGGUGAAGAAGGCCUGGAUUACGGUGGUGUCGCCAGGGAGUGGUUCUUCCUGUUGUCCCAUGAGGUCUUGAAUCCCAUGUACUGCCUGUUUGAAUAUGCCGGUAAAGAUAACUACUGUCUACAGAUCAACCCCGCCUCCUACAUCAACCCUGACCACCUCAAGUAUUUCAAGUUCAUCGGACGCUUCAUCGCCAUGGCUUUAUUCCAUGGCAAGUUCAUCGACACUGGGUUCUCGCUGCCGUUUUACAAGCGCAUCCUAAACAAGCCGCUGGCCCUCAAAGACCUGGAGUCGAUAGACCCAGAGUUUUACAACUCCCUCAUGUGGAUCAAGGAUAACGACAUCGAGGAGUGCGGCCUGGAGAUGUUCUUCUCCGUCGACAAGGAGAUCCUGGGGGAAGUCAGCACACACGAGCUGAAACCAGAAGGGGGAGACCUCCAAGUCACCGAGGAAAACAAGGAGGAGUACAUCAGGCUGGUAGCAGAGUGGAGGCUGUCCAGAGGAGUGGAGGAGCAGACGCAGGCUUUCUUUGAGGGCUUCAACGAGGUCCUCCCUCAGCAGUACCUGCAGUACUUUGACGCCAAAGAGCUGGAGGUGAUGCUGUGUGGGAUGCAGGAGAUCGACCUGGCCGACUGGCAGAGAAACACCAUCUACAGACACUACGCUCGCAGCAGCAAGCAGAUUGUCUGGUUCUGGCAGUUCAUAAAGGAGAUGGACAACGAGAAGCGGAUGAGGCUGCUGCAGUUUGUCACCGGCACCUGUCGCCUGCCUGUAGGAGGGUUCGCUGAUCUGAUGGGAAGCAACGGCCCCCAGAAGUUCUGCAUUGAGAAGGUGGGAAAAGAGAACUGGCUUCCCAGAAGUCACACGUGCUUCAACAGACUGGACCUGCCGCCCUACAAGAGCUACGAGCAGAUGAAGGAGAAGCUGAUGUUCGCCAUCGAGGAGACGGAGGGCUUCGGACAGGAGUGAGGGGGAACCAGGGAACCAGGACUGCUCCAGCGGCGGGCGCAGGAGUCUGAAGGAAUCAAAAGACCAGCAGUGUUCAAAUCAGGGAGGGGUGGGGGGUCCUUUUGUGUGUUUGUGCUCACGCAUGCGUGCAUUGUCGCACAGGAGCGGGGAUUAUGGGAACCUGCCUCUCAGUGCCUGAGCGGUACCUGACGAUAUCCUGUUCUUCUGAACACAGAAGCGUCUCCUUGUGUCUCUCUCUCUCUCUCUCUCUCUCUCUCUCUCUCUCUCUCUCUCUCUCGCAUGGGAUCCUGAAUAACCCGUCCUCAACACCAUCCGGUUUGAAUGGUUAUUUCCUUCCACACGUGUGAUCAUGUAACGGCAUCAUGCAUCAGGGUGACCCCCUCCCCUCCCCCCGGGCCUGCGGUUCAAAUCUCAAAUCUCAUAACCAGAAAGGUCACAACCUGAUUCCUUCUUAGGAAGUUGCACCAAAGCAUCAGCUCGAAAGACAAAGCUUUCAAUUUUUAAGGCAAGAUUGUGCUGGUGCACUUAUUUUUAAAACAGGAUUAUUUAUGCAAACUUUGUCGCUCUAAGAUUUAGUUUUUUUAUUAUGAAAAUGUUUUGUUUUUUUGCAUCCAUCACACCCUUAAAUCUCUCACAUCUCUACUCAUCUCAUGAUUGAAGUGCAUCUCUAUGAACGGUAACACGUGAUUUUAUAAGAUGUCGGCUUUGACUCGCUCCGGAUUAAACGCUUAAGUAACAGACAAUCUUAGUGCUUCAGAAAUUAGGGUAGAAAUGUCUAAUCCGAUGAAGGAGAGAGUCACAAACUCUCUGGUGUUCGAUCUGUGAAUGACGUAACGAUUGUGAAAAGUGUCGUAACCUCCACUAUUCAAAGUGGUGGGUAAAAGCAGGAUUUAAACGGACCCUAGUUCUAUAGGGCCCGAGACGUGUGCUGGGUGGGUUUCAGAUCAGAAAAACUGGGAGAAUUUUAUAGAUUAUCCAUCUUAAUAUCGGCUUCGGCUAUUUUUACGCCUUCCCUCUGUUAUUUUUGUGGUAAGGCUCCUGUUGUGAAUGAGUAUGAAGAAAGUGUUCCAGGACAAUGUGCUUAUUCAGUCGUCCAGACGGCUUGAGGGGAACAGGGAAAAAAACACCAAAUUCAAGUCGAAACCGAAUCCAAAUCCGACAUUUUCACGCACAUGUAGCAUUUGGAGGUCAGUGAUGGAGCUUAGUUUGUUUAUUUUUAAUUUUUUUUAUAAAAAAAACAAAAAGCUCCUGGCAGUAUUGCAAACUUUUGUCUUCCAAACCAAUCCAGUAUUUUCACAUCAUACCAGUCAGAAUUCACAGCAGAAUUAUAGCUUCAAAAUCAACGUCUGACACGUGUGAAAGGAUUCAUGUGGUUAUGCUUUCAUGUUGCUGACAAUUUGGCUAAAGAUUCUUGCACAAAGAAACUCAGAAACAGUCUUCACGAUGUAACUGUAAAUACUGGUUUGGUUUGGCCCACGUAACGCCGCAUCCGAUCGACGGCACCAGUCGUCGUAUUCGCCGCGUGUCCUCCUUGAAUUAUUUAUUAAACACGACCAAAACCACAGGUUUGGUUGCUGAUGGACAUUUGGCUUCAGGUGUUUGUUUGUCUGGCAAAAGCUCAGCACUUAAAAAAAUAAGAAAGAAAGAAAAGAAACAACAAAUCUCCAUCCCACUCUUUUUUUCUUGCGGCGUGUUUGGGACUUUCAGCCUCUGGUCGAAACUCCAGUCUCUUUGUUUUCCGCGUGCGUGCGUGUGAGACGAAACGAGACGAGACGAGACGAGACGAGACGUUUUCCUUCAGGGGGCUUUUAUUUUCUCCACUAGUUUUGAAAUUCCUAUGCAAGAAACUGCACCGGUGCGGAAAAAAGCUGUGAGACUUGAGAUGACGAGUGAAUUUAGGAUAAUGAAUACUGAGAUUAAUUCUGUGAGGUAUUAUGAAUGUAACACGAUGAAAAGGUUUACCUUGACCUAACAAUUUUUUUUUGUUUGCCCCUAAUGCAGCGUGUGGUUUUAAUUCUUGUUCCUGGGUCGAUGACUUAAUAAAAUCCCGGGGUAUAUAGUAGUUAAGUGAAGAUGUAAAUAUGAUAAAUCACCGCUCUUUUUGUUUGUCUUUUUUUUUUUUGGUUCUCCAGAAUCCUACCGUGUACAACUCUCAACCACUGUCACUCUCCUGUACAUUGCAAACGAGCUGUAAAUGGUGUCAAUAACAAAUGUUCUUUUGUAAGAGAAUGGUUUUAAUAAGAGGUUUACGGUAACACUAUAUUUUCUUUUCCCUGUUUGAUUUUCUGAUGUACAUGAACGAUGUGUAAUAUAGAAAUUGUCACCUUAAUAAAUUAAAUUUAAGAAAAGAAAAUGAA